CAAAAUGAUAACACUAAUAGAUGCUGUUUGUUUCAGCCAUUAAAGCGUCACUACUAAUCCAGAAAUGGUACAGAAGAUAUAUGGCUCGAUUGGAAGUCAGACGAAGAUACACUUGGACUAUAUUCCAAACGUUGGAAUACGCUGGUGAACAAGAUCAAGUUAAGUUGUACAAUUUCUUCAAUGCUUUGCUGACACACAUUCCCCAAACAGAACGAGAAGUAGAUCCGACAAACUCCAAAAAUGCUUCCUUAGAAAACUUAAAUCUAGAAUUCGACGAUGAGUCACCCGACGAGGAAUACUACGAACCGGAAGAAAAAAGAAAACUGUCGCACUACCAACUAGAAUAUCCCUACACGGAAAAAGCGCUGAUUCAGCUGAUAGAAAUAUUCAGGAAGCAUCGUCAUUACCGAUUGCCCCCCAAAGACGUAGCAGAUAUUUUGAAACGGUCGAUAAUCUACUUGAAAAAACUACCCAACGUUAACGUAGCAUCGACAGGGAUAACGAAACAGUUGACGGUGUGUGGUGAUUUGCACGGAAAAUUUGACGACUUGUUAGUUAUUUUACAUAAGAAUGGUCUUCCUUCCGCCGACAAUCCAUACAUUUUUAAUGGCGAUUUUGUAGAUCGAGGAAAACGAGGCCUAGAAGUUUUUCUUAUUCUUCUUCUAUGUUUGCUGGCAAUCCCUGGGGCUGUAUAUCUCAACAGGGGUAACCACGAAGAUAUAAUAAUGAACCAGAGGUACGGAUUCAUCAGAGAGGUGCAAUCCAAAUAUAAAAAAAACCACGAAAAGCUUCUAAGGCUCAUAGAAGGCGUGUACCGGUAUCUUCCACUUGGCACCAUAGUUAACAAUAAAGUUCUUAUAGUUCACGGUGGUAUAUCAGAUAUCACCGAUCUGGAUAUGAUCAAAGGAUUGGACAGGGGUCGGUACGUAUCAUUAUUGAGACCUCCACUGACUGACAGCUCAGCACCGGGUGCCGAAGUUAUCGACAAACUGGAGUGGAAACAGGUGUUCGACAUUCUGUGGUCCGAUCCCCAGGAAAACAAAGGAUGUAUCCCGAACAGUCUCCGAGGAGCUGGCACCUACUUCGGGCCGGAUGUUACGAAAAAGUUCCUGGCGGAAAAUAAGCUCCAGUAUAUUGUUAGAUCUCAUGAAUGCAAACCGGACGGGUAUGAGGUGUGCCACAAUAACUCUGUUAUUACGAUAUUCUCCGCGUCAAACUACUAUGAAGUAGGCUCGAACAACGGCGCGUAUCUAAAACUGAUGGGCCCAGAGCUCGACACUCACUUCGUUCAGUACAUGGCCAACGCUGGUAGACGAAAACUAAACCUUUACCAAAGAAUGGGUUUGGUAGAAUCGGGAGCGUGCAAGGAAUUAAAGAUGCAGAUCAUGAAUAACAGAAUGAGACUUGAAGAGGCAUUUGCUGAAGCUGAUCCUGAAAGCACUGGACACAUAUCAAUAACUCAGUGGUGCGUUGCACUGGAAGAAAUUACUGGACUUCAGUUACCCUGGAGAAUGCUCAAAGACAAACUAGUUACAGUAGACGCUGACACAAAUAAAGUGAAAUAUCAGACGACAUUCGACGUCAAGAAUGAAAAACUUAACUCUGUACAAGGUGCUCAUUCUGUGGUAGAAACGUUAUACAGAAAUAAAAGUAGUUUAGAAGCCAUAUUCCACAUUAUCGAUAAGGACAAAUCAGGUUACAUCAGCCUAGACGAAUUCUCAGACGCCUGCAAUCUGAUCAAGAGAUUCAUGCCUUGCCCGAUGACUCAGGAGCAGCUACAAGAAAUCUGCAAGCUGAUGGAUCUCAACAAAGACGGCCAAGUAGAUCUCAACGAAUUCUUGGAAUCUUUCAGGAUGGUCGAUCCGCAGUCGAGACAAAAAUACUCCACUGAAUCGCCAGAGGCUAACCACGAAACUCCCAAGAAUGAUGCCAAAGUUAAAGUAGUAGAAAACGCUGUAAACCAAAAAGUAAAUGGUACGGCGAAACCCAACGAAGAUACAAAUAAUGACAUUAGAGUACAAGUCGACAUCCACCCGAAGAUAGAAAUCAACGGCAGCGACCGGCAGGAGUCGCUCACCGUUCAAAAAACCAACGUCCAGAUGUCGCCAGUGCUGAGCAGUCGUAGGGGUUCACAAAUAUAG